GCGGAGCUGUCGCUUAAGUCAUGGCGCCCGUGCGCUCGGUUGUAGUGCUCGUCUUACGGGAAGGUGUUUUAAUGGCUCCCCGUAUCGCUGACGUCUGUUGACGCGGGCAAUUGCGUGCCAGUGACUAGCUUGGAAGUUUCUGCAGAGCGCGGCAUAAAGUCGCCCACGGGCUUCAAAACACAUAGCAGCAGUCGAAAUAAAUGCAGCGGGGAUGGUUAAUUUAAAUAUGCGCUUUUGGUCAGGAUUUCUCGGGGGGUAGAAGAGUUUUGAGACCCGGUCUAUAUCAAAAUAUUUACAACGUCCCUAAAAACCCGCCUGUCCUUGUUGAUGGAGCUAAUAUUUAGUAAACAAGACCGGUUAUAAAAACCGCCUGAAUCGUUUAUAUUUUGACAACCAGCUGUUUAAAUACCAAGACAUGUAUUUUCGUUAGCCAGUUAGCUGCUGUAGCCAAUAUUGUUUUGCUGUAAAUGCGCAAUUUUUACCGCCAAUAUUAUGUAAAAUUACGAGUCAACAGGUGAAUAAUGCUCGCACGAUUAUUCUGGCUUAAUUACAAUUAAAAGUAGCUUAAUUUUGGGGGUAAUGUGUGUGGUUUAAUGGGCGUUUUAGCAUCCGGUUCUGCAUUAAGUACUGUUUAUAACGACAACGCAACAUCUCUGUCAACAGAUUAGUUUACUACAGGAGGUGUGAACCCAUCGAGUUUGCAGUGGCAAUGGAGGAGGUUCAUCAGAAUAACAGUAAUGGCUCUGAGUCACAAACUGUGACCAUCCCUACAACUAUUACUGCCUCUCAAAUAUCCCAGAUAGCACAGAUGUCUCUGGGUGGGUCUCCGGUGGCUGUGGUUCAGCUGCCCAGUGGUCAGUUCCAGGUGCAAGGUGUGAUUCAGUCAGCCCAGUCAUCAGUUAUCCAGUCUCCGCCAGCACAAGCACAGGGUCAAGGAUCUGACAGCGAUGACUCUCAGGACUCAUCCGACAGUGGAGCCUCUAACCAGAAGUCAAGAGAGAUCUUGGCUCGGCGUCCAUCCUACAGGAAGAUUCUAAAUGAUCUAUCAGCUGAGGAAGUGGCAACUCAGAACGAGGGAGAAGAGGAAAGUGCCACCUCUUGUGCCAUAACGAGUGUCUCGGUCCCCACCCCAAUCUACCAGACAAGCACUGGCCAAUAUAUUACGAUUUCAUCCAAUGGAUCUCUACAGCUGGCCAGUACUUGUUCAGAGGGGAUGCAAGGCCUGCAGACUCUCACCAUGACCAACUCAAACCCAAGCCAGCCAACUAUACUACAGUAUGCUCAAACUGCUGAUGGACAACAGAUUUUGCUGCCGAGCAACCAGGUGGUGCUCCAAGGUGCCGGAGGAGAAAUGCAAGCUUAUCAGAUCCGCUCCUCUUCCUCGUCGCUCCCUCAGACUGUUGUUAUGACAUCACCUGUUAUCAGCUCUCAGGGUAAAAGCGAUGACCCACAAAUGAAGAGAGAGAUACGCCUAGCGAAGAACAGGGAGGCAGCCAGAGAGUGUCGCAGAAAGAAAAAGGAGUAUGUGAAAUGUUUGGAGAACCGUGUAGCUGUGCUGGAGAAUCAGAACAAAACUCUCAUCGAGGAGCUCAAGACGUUAAAGGACCUGUACUGUGUUAAAACUGGCUAAUGGGACAGACCUCCAGUCAUGCUAAUGGAACUUUACUGGCAGACUUGUCUGCCUACAUGCUCAUACAAACAUCAACACAGGGACUCUUUGGCAUGGGGAAUGCAGUUAAUCCUCCUGUCAAUGGCUUGUUUUUAUACAACUAAUUUUUAACUAACAGCCUAAAAACAAUUGACGAGAAACAACAAAAUGCUUUUCACAAUAGAUGGAAACAGGGACAUCUUUUACAUCUUUUUAUUUGCAGUCAACAGAUGUUUAUAUUUGUGUAUGUAUCUUGUUCACGCAUCGGCACGUCUACACUGGGAGUACUUGCUUUAGUCUUGACCCAUUUGGUUUCCAGGGAAUUUUGAAUAUUAAUUUUAUUGCAGCGCUAGCUAGAAAUGCAGAAGUGACAGACUAUUGUUACACCUUAUUUGAAGAUGCGCUUGAACUGUAUGAAAUUGUGACGUGAAUGUUUGUUUUUUUCAUGAAGUCAUGUGGCUGUUCUUUGCAAUUUUGUUUUUUGCUAUUGCCCACUUUUAUGAAGCUCUGGUAUUUCUAUCCCCAUUCCGCAUUUUAUUUUACUAUACUGUUUUAGUGCAACAUUUUCUACAGAGACAACAGAAGUUAAGGUGUGGAAUUUAUGUGAGCUUUAUUACUAAAUCUAUGUGUGACAUGAAACAGUAAGUUCAUUUUAGACUCAAAGUACGGUAAGCCUUAUUCUGGAUUGAUAGACUUGUCAUGUAGAAUUUAAAUUGUAUCAUUUCUUGUCCAAGAUGUAUGUCAAACUGGUCUUUUAAGCCAUUUUCACAUUUUGGUUGAGAUUGUUGUUGGUUUUAACUAAUAGGCCCAAGGCUUACUGCUGUUUAUAAGCCAAGCUGUUACAAGACAAUCAAAUCAUGGAGCAUACCUGCUCUUGAAAAAGCAGGUCACAAACAAUGGAUAAAAAAAAAAAAAAAUCACUUGUUUUUGUCAAAGUGAAUCUAAAUAAAUAUUUUUCCAGCCUUUGA